AUUACAGGAGAACAGUAAACAGUAUUGUUUAUGGCUGAGGAAGAACGCGGAGAAGGUGCGGAAACCGAAAAGUACCCGUACGGUGAAUACGUGGGUAGUAGAGAUGAUAAUUUGGAUAGGCACGGUUACGGGAGUGCUCUUCUGCCCAACGGAGACAUCUACGAGGGGAACUACCGUCGCGGUAAACGUCACGGCAAAGGGAUGUACUGUUUCCGAAACGGAUCCCGAUACGACGGGGAGUGGCGCAAAGUGUGUUUAGGUUUGAAGCACGGAUUUGGGCAGAUGCAGUAUCCGGACGGUAGCCGCUACGUGGGCCAUUGGAGGAAGGACAACAAGCAUGGAAAUGGUAUCUACCACUAUAUAAAUGGUGACAACUACGAGGGAUCAUGGUACAAGGGCUUCCGGCACGGUCUAGGCACAUACGUUUACAUAAAGGAUAACGUGGUUUUCUACGGUUUGUGCACAAUUCAUUUACAUUACUCUAUUAUUAAUCUCGGUACAGAUCAAAAUCCCGACAAUAGCUUUUAUUUCAUAUAGACAAUCCACAAAGUCUCUUAGUCUAUACGUCUUAUUGUAUAAACAAAUACAUAAGCAUAAAGAAACCUCCAUCGAAACUCCUUUGAUACUGUCGCGAUUAUGGUUGUCGGUAUUUCAAAUGUCAUGAAUUUGAUUGUCAGGAUUUCGAUAUAGACUCAUUAUUAAUAUCCAUUACUUCUUCGGUAAUUUAUAUAGUUGUAGAUGUUGACUUGUAUAACUUCAGUAUCAAAAACCUACAUGUAAAAUCAUUCAUUCAAUGCCUACAAAGCUUUGUACUUCGGUUAUAGGUAACUUUGCGAAAUUGCAUAACUCGAAGCAAUACGAUUUCAAGUUUCUAGUAGAAAAGAAACGUCUAUAUAAGAAUUGAUCGGUUCGAUG